AUGGCGACAUUGCGGCGUGUGUCAGGAUGGAUUCAAAAGAAGAUGCCAAAGAGCAUCCAUGUUCGAAGAAAAUUAUCAGCGGUCUCCCAAGCGAUUGGGAUCUCAAAAUGGCUCCCUGCCUUGGUAUGUAAGAAGAGGACUAGCAGCACCAAGUCAAAGAGGAGUCUUAUACGACACAAGAUGGUUAUGAAAAUGGCAAGUAGUGGAAAAUCAAAGGAAGUAUCAACCACAAAGGAAAAGACAGAAGAGAAUAUCACUGCUGAUCCCCAGGAUGACUCUUCUGAUGAACCUUGUUCCUCUCCACAAGAUGUAGAAGAAAAGGCCAACUCAGGAGAUGCUAAAUAUGCGAUUGUGUUCCCAAGGAUGAACAAAAUCAGCAAGGUUAAUGAAGCCACCGUUCCAUCUACUAGCACCAUCACAGGCAAUGGAGGCACAACAGAACGUAAACCACCAAAGCCUGGUGCUCGUCUGGUUCUUCCAGUCAAGCCAGACCUUAGCCUGCUGAAGUCCAUUAAGAAAAAUGCUCAGGAGAGCAAAAGUGAUAAGAAUGGCAGCCCAAAUGCUCAAGUGAUUGAGGGGCAGCCUGAGGUUAAAGCAGACAAAAAAGAGUCAAUAUCAGGCAUCAAAGAUGGUACAAGUAUACUACAAGUCGCCAAAGGAAAACUUGGUGGAUCGCAAGUAAAUAUCACAAAGCUGUCUAUGUCUAAACCUUUGCUUAAUGGUAUAAGUGCGGGACAGAGCAAAGAAGUGGAGAGGAAUCUAAGGAAUUCAGAAGAAGCCGAGACAUGGAGGAAUGGAGUGAUGCAGCCUACUUAUGAGGAGGAUGCAGACAGAGAAGUGGCAGAACUGAUGGGUGAGGGUCUUUUGCCCUCCGUCAUGGAGCAACACUGGGCUCAGACUCAACAAAUGUGUGGUGAUCCUCAAGACUGGCUACGUUCGGAAAACCUCCUGCCCCAUCAAACGGUGGAAAAGCUUACUAAAUGGACGGUGUAUCAAGAUGAUGAACAUGCCCCCAUCAUUCCAGUCCAUAAUGGCAGGGGCCCAUGGGAAUCUGAAGAUCCGACCCAAAAUAUGCUAGAGGAGAGACUUUACAGCACGCAGGUAAUGAUGCCAGGAAGCAGCCAAGCUGUGGAGGUGGAUGAGGUGGAAGAUUUGGCACAGCUGGAAGAGGUGCGUGAGAGUUCUGUUCUGCUGAAUUUGAAGAAGCGGUUUCAUCGGGAUUCAAUUUAUACAUAUAUCGGUGAUAUGCUGCUGUCCAUCAACCCCUUCAAGCCUCUCUACAUCUACACUGAGGAUCUGAGACAGCAGUACCAGGGUAAAGAAAAGCACAGCAACCCACCUCAUGUAUAUGCCAUAGCAGAUGCUGCCUUUUACCAAUCUCAGAAUAGCACCCAGGAGCACUGCAUCAUCAUAAGUGGACAAAGUGGAUCAGGCAAAACAGAGGCUGCAAAGCUCAUUGUCCAUUACCUGAGUUCCAUGUAUCAGGGCAGAAAUGAUAAAUUACGCCAGGUACAGGAAAUGGAUGUUUUACCAGUUCUUGAGAGCUUUGGUAAUGCAAAGACCAUACUGAACAACAACUCCAGCCGAUUUGGAAAGUACCUACACAUCCACAUACGCCAUGGUGUUGUUGUUGGGACGUCUUUUUCAAAAUAUCUCCUUGAAAAAUCAAGAAUCGUCUUCCAGGCUAAGGAGGAAAGAAACUACCAUGUGUUUUAUGAACUGCUGGCUGGGAUGAAUGACUGGGACAAGCAGGAACUUUACCUGCAAGGAGCUGAAACAUACUUCUACCUCAACCAGGGCAGGGCUUGUGACCUACAAGGGAAACAUGACAAGCAAGACUUCCUGCUUUUGGUCCACUGCUUGGAGAUCAUUGGUUUACAUGCCGACCAGCUUGCAACAAUUUGGGCCAUUUUGUCAUCGAUCCUGCAGCUGGGCAACAUUUGCUUCAGCUCCUAUGAGAGUGAAUCGUUUGAGGUUGCCCGUAUUUUUAGUGAAGCCGAAGCACGGAGAGUGGGAAACCUCUUGCAGGUGUCUGCCGAGGCCUUACAGACGGUCAUCACACACCGGGUGACUGAAACAACUUAUGAUAGGAUCUACUGCCCUCUAUCCGUGGAAAGUGCCAUUGAAUCCAGAGAUGCCAUUGCCAAGAUGCUGUACUCUGUGCUGUUCGACUGGAUUCUUGAACGCAUCAAUGAGUGGUUGAUCCCCACAGAGAUGGACAGCACUGUUGGAAUUGUGGAUAUAUAUGGCUUUGAGGACCUGGGUGUGAACAGUUUCGAGCAGCUGUGCAUAAACUUUGCCAACGAGCAGCUGCAACAGUUUGUGAACAAAGCUCUGGUGGCCCAAGAGCAGGAGGAAUACAGCGCAGAGCAGAUCCAGUGGUAUCCAAUAAUUCUGGAAGACUCUAAUGGCUGUCUGGAUCUUAUCUCAGCACGGCCGUACGGGAUCCUUCGCAUUCUGGAUGACCAGACUAGCCUUCCUCAAGCUACAGACCACACAUUCUUGCAGAAAUGUCACUAUCACCAUGGCAACAGUCCCUACUACACCAAGCCCAAAAUUCCUCUGCCAGUGUUCACAAUAUAUCACUAUGCAGGGGCUGUCACGUACCAGGUGCACAACUUUCUAAAUAAAAAUCAUGACCAGUUUCGCCCAGAGGUAUUAGAGCUCUUUGCCCGCAGUCGUUUACAGAUGGUGUCGGGUCUCUUCCGGAAGGUUCAAGAGCGUUACGUCCAACAGAAAGAACUGGGAAGAGCAAGAGGUUACCGCAACCAGAUGUCAACUGUAGCUGCUCAUUUCCAGCAGUCACUUAUAGAGCUCACCACUCGUUUGGAGAGGUGUAAAACUACAUUUGUACGAUGCUUUAAGCCAAACUAUGUAAAGAUAUGGCGUAUUAUUGCCCAGAAACCUGCACACCAGUCUUGUAAAGAGCAAGUAGAGACUUUACUGGAGACUAUAGGAGCAGAGGAAGGCCAGUACCAACUAGGACUCACUAAAGAGAGUCUGUACCAGCGGGUGGAGGAGAAAUGGAGUAGCACUCAAACAUGGGCGGCAGUCACCAUCCAGAGGAACAUUCGCGGCUUCAUCUGCCGAAAAAACUUCCGUUUCUUUAAACAGAAGGCUAUUGUCAUCCAGUCCCACAUCAGGGGCCACCAGGCCCGGAAGUACUACAAGAAAUUGAAGCAGUCCUUCACUCAGUUUUGGGCAGCGAUGAUGAUUACCAGAGACACCAUCAAGAAACGUCAUUGGAGGGAGCAUACUGAUAGAACCAGGGUGAACGAAGCAGCAAAACCUACGUCGUCCUCUUCAGAGAUGGAUGUGGGAAUAUUGGAGAUCCCGGCAGAACUGUCGGCCCGAUUACGCAGUGCAGCAGGACGUCCUCAAGGAUCAGGAGUAACAGAAGUAGCUCUGCCACAGGUCAAAGCAGACCACAACCUCUCACUGCCCCAAGACAUUGACAGACACCCUUUCUCCAAAUAUGCCAACACAAUCCUGAAGGAUGGAUGGUGCCAACCGCAGGGUUUCCCGCUUCAGAGGCCUUUGAAUUCUCUGGACUAUGAUGACGCUCGGACAGCUCUAGAAAUCUACAAACUGAUCCUGCGUUUCACAGGUGACUCUGAUCUGACUGGAUGGCAAGAGCAGAUGUUGGGGAACUAUAUCGUGGAGAAGAGCCAAUCACAGCCCAGCAUCAGGGAUGAGAUUCUAGCUCAGCUGGUGUACCACACUUGGGACGGGGAUAAUGAGGAGAGUGUCCUCCGGGGAUGGUUGCUCCUGGCCUGUUGUCUGAGUGCCUUCACACCCUCUCCUGCCCUGGAGAAACCCCUCCUCAAGUACGUGUCUGACCGAGGUCCAGGGGAGUACCGCUCUCUGUGUCAACACAAGCUCCUCACAUCCCUCCAGCUCCCCUCCCCUGCCUGCAGACAGCACCCUCCGAGUCAACUCGAGUGGACAGCCAAUCAGAGAAAAGGAAAGAUGGUGGUGGAGGUUAACACUUUCAAUGAGGAAAGGUUGACUGUGGAGGUUGAGUCUUGGACGACAGGGGAACAACUGGCCUCUUGGCUUCUUAGCUACAGGGGUCUGACUGAAGCUACACAGGGCUGGUCUGUGUCUCUGCUGGCUGAGGAGGGUUGGACCGACAUGGCAGGCUGUGAUUUUGUAAUGGAUCUCUUGGCUGGAGUGGAGGCUGAUGUGCCCCUCGGUUAUGCACACACUCAACCCGAAUACCUCUUUAGCAACACAAGUGACAGGAUGGGAACUUCAGACCUGGAUGACUUUAUACCUCCAGCUCCCCCUAUGCAAGCCCCUGGUCUCCCACCCUUUGAAGCAUCCCCAUGGGACACCUAUGAACCCUCCUCCACAUCUCAGAGAUCUCGCAGUCGACAGAUGGAUUCUUACGUUGAUGACCUUUUUGAUCCUGUGUUUGAUCAGGGUCCUGGGGACUUUGAGCGGAUGGCCAUGCUGAAUCGUAGAAUGAGAGGUGGAGGAGGUAUGAUGCCCAGCAUGUACGCCGGAGCAGGAAUGCCAAUGAAUCCUGUCAUGGCUGGCUAUGCUGCCGCACCAAUGAUGCCAAACAUGACCAUGAUGCAACAAAUGCAUCCCAUGCAAACUAUGAUGAUGCCAACUGCCAUGCCACAAGCCAUACCGGCUGUCAACACACAGCAAAUGGCUGCUCAGCAACAGGCCUUUAUCAAUCAACAGGCUCUGCUUCUGGCGAUGACAAUGUCCCAGAAGCAGCAGCAGGAAGAGAUGCGAAAACGCGAACAGGAAUCACAGAGACAGUCACCACGUCAGUGGCGGCGCUCUCCUCCACGUGCACGCUCACCCGAAACCAGACCCCGAAGCCGACCCCAGGUAGAAAGAAACAUCCCUCAGACCGCCCAAAAAGCCCCAGAGACCCAUCCAAAGCUCGGCAGGCCAGAGCCACAGCCUGAGACAGAGUUCACGGAAGAUCAAGGGUCCUUUCAAGAGAAGAGGGAUUUUUUUCAAAAGAUUGAAGCACGCCCAAAGCCUGCGCCAAAGGUUGCUAAGCCACUGAUAUAUGCCACUCCACCGGUGACCCAACCCAAAUCCCCUCCACCAGUAAAGACGGAAGUGAAGCCACUCCCAGUACCUCCUAACAUCAAAGAACCUGAACCAGAACCAGAAUCUCCAGAACCCACAUCUCCUAAACCAGAACCUACUAGUAAAAUUAGAGAGAUCAUCAAGAAGUACCAGAGCAGGCCCUCUCCAGAACCUAAAGCCUUUGAGCCUGUCAGGGUACCGGUCAAGAACUUUCUAAAGAAAAAUGACCCCAAAGAUGAGGCUCUGGCCAUUCUCAAAUCUCAGGGACCUGUCACUCAACAGAAGCAGAAACAGUGGGAAGAGAAGCCUCCUUUACCCCCACAGCUCCCUGAGUCCCAUGGUCCUCGUCCCAUCUCUAACGAUAUGAAACAGAAGCAGCGUUCAUUGGCUGAUCUUUUCAGCUCGCAGCGUUCGCAUGCUCUGCCUCGAGCUCGUGAGCCCAUCCCUCCCCCAUCUCCCAGCAUCCCCAGCCCACCACUGAUGUCUCCACCUGGACCUAAUCAGUUCAACAGGAUGGCUGAGGAGGAGAGUGUUCGCUCCCAACUGCACAGAUUCUCUGCCAGCGUUUACUUUUCCUAUCCCAGAAUGCCUGGCAAACUCUUCCUUCGCAAGGAGCUGUUUUAUCCCAGGGAAAAAUUCAACCACCCAUACAUUCUUAAUUUACUCUGUGAGCAGAUCAUGCGAGACACUUACUCAGAUACUUGUCUGAGGAUUUCACGUGAAGAAAGACGUAAAAUGAAAGACCUUUUGGCGAGUUUCAAUACCAGAACCAGUAUCAGUUCACUAGAUGAUGCUAUGAAGAAAAGAGUUGUCAUGGCAGCAAGAGACAGCUGGUCCAAUUACUUUGCACGCCUCUUUAAUGUCAAGGUGGAGAACGGAGGAGAUUCUCAGAUUCUGGGAGUGUCGCAUCGAGGAAUCAGACUUCUGAAGGUUGCCAGAGCUUCAGGCAUAAACCCUGAACACCUCAGACUACUGCACAGCUACAGUUUUUCACAGGUUUUGUCAGUACAGCAGCAAGGGGCUGGAAAAGCCUUGAUCACUUUGAGUAAUGAGGAGUUGGAGCUUCACUCUGAACAGGCUGCACAGAUCGCUGCUGUGAUUCAUCUCUUCCUCAUGGAGCUGAUUAAGAACUCGGACUAUGUGAUCGCUGUGAAGAGCUAUGUGACAGAUGACAAGAGCUUGCUGACCUUACACAGAGGCGACGUCAUCAAAAUCCUGAACAUGGACGGCCUCAAAGACGGUGAGAAGAGACCUGAGAAAGCAGUUUCAGAAUCUCCAUAA